ACAUUGUGGGCACCUACUCUGUGAUCACUGAAAAGAAAACUGAGCAUGUGGGAACCAAUGCUCCCUCUCCGUUGCAGGUUGAGCAACUGACUGAGGAGCAGAAGAAUGAGUUCAGGGCAGCUUUUGAUAUUUUUGUGCAGGAUGCUGAAGAUGGAUGCAUCAGCACCAAAGAGCUUGGCAAAGUGAUGCGCAUGUUGGGUCAGAACCCAACACCUGAAGAAUUGCAGGAGAUGAUUGAUGAAGUGGAUGAAGAUGGCAGUGGAACUGUUGACUUUGAUGAAUUCUUGGUCAUGAUGGUGAGGUGUAUGAAAGACGAUAGCAAAGGAAAACCAGAAGAAGAGCUGGCAGAAUUGUUUCGAAUGUUUGAUAAAAAUGCUGACGGUUACAUUGACCUCAAUGAAUUAAGAACAAUGCUGGUAGAAACAGGUGAAUGUAUCACCGAUGAUGACAUUGAAGAGCUCAUGAGAGAUGGUGACAAAAAUAGUGAUGGAAAAAUCGAUUAUGACGAAUUCCUGGAAUUCAUGAAAGGUGUUGAGUAA